ACUCGUCGGGCGGGGCCGGGUUAUUGGUUAAAGAGAAAUGAAAGUGAAAGUAAGGGGAAAGUCAGGCGGGCGAGCUUGUGGUUGAUUCCCUUCUAGCUUCCAGAGAGCUUCUACGCGGGCAUGGCCCAAGCAAGCCAAGCGAUCCGCGAUGCAUCAAAACAUAAAUAUUAUGGAACUAUUGAUCAGAUGAUGCCUGCUCCAGGGACUUUUGGGAUCACCCCUCCUGUUAUGACAGCUGAAGUAGCUUCUGCUCCUCCUGCCCUUGAUGUAAACAAUGUGUCUGGCUAUGAAGGCACUACGAUUGGAGAUGCAGGGAAGUAUUUCCCUCCUCCAUCCAAUUUGCUUCCUUAUCAGGAAAGAAAGCCAAUGCCAGCUCAAACAAACUGGAACAUUCCUGCUAUUUCAGAAGAUGAAGCCAAAGAAGCUUUUAUCCAGUAUGUUGCAAGCAAGUGCUGCUACGGCAAAGCUCCAGCGAGAGACUUGGUGUUUCAGGAUCUCCUAGCACUGAACACUUACAGAUAUUACUUGGAGACUUUCACUGAAUCAAGGUCUUCAUUAUGGAAAACCCAACCAUAUAGAGGAGAACCUGUCGAUUCUGCUAUGUAUGGUGGAGCUCCUUCUCCCUGGGACAUGAGAGUAGAAGUUCCUGAGAUAUUCAAAGACAACAUCGUAAGAGUUAAAGUGCCUCACACAUCAUCCAUAAAGGGAUGUCCGAUAUGUGGCUCUUCUGGCAGACGACCCUGCACCCAGUGCCAUUGCCUCACGAGGAAACAAUGUUGGGUGUGUAAUGGAACAGGAUCCCAGUUCACUAACCAGAGGUGUUCUACUUGUUCUGGAGCGGGAACAACCAUGUGCAAUGCCUGUUCUGGCUUGGGGACAACUGCUUGUUUAGACUGUGGAGGAACGGGACAGUUGCUGACAUACAUUGAGCUGCAAGUCGAAUGGAAAAAUAAUGUGUUUGAAUAUGUGGUGGAUGAAAGAACUGGGUUUCCUACUGAACUCUUCAAAGCAGUUAAAGGGAAGAAGCUAUUUGUGGAUGAGCAAUAUAUGGUUUGUCCAGUGAUAAGCUUCCCUAUCGGUGCCAUUAACCAAGCUUCCCGAAAUGCUAUUGAACAACAUCAAGCUCAAUUUGGAUCCACGGCACGGAUACUGAGACAGAGGCAAACCAUUGAGCUGGUAUUUCUCACCAAAGUGGAAUAUGAAUGGCAUGGGAAACCCUAUUCCUAUUAUGUCUAUGGGAAUGAGCACAAGGUGUAUGCAGAGGAUUAUCCUAAAAAGUGUGGCUGUACUAUUGUAUGAUAAAUGGACUUUCCGACCAUUGACAGAGAAACCCUGAUUAUUCCUGCAUUAUGUCUACUCUUCUGCUUUCCCCCUGCAGUUCUUUCUUUUUUCAAUUCGUAUAUCUCAGUUAGAUGAAGUAUAAACAAUUGUGUUAACCUUUAACCUAGGGAUCUCUAGAAUUGAAACACUUGCAUAAUUUUUGUACCAUUAAAUGUUCAUUGUUCUCGAUUGUUAAAAAUACUUGUGUUGGUGUAUUAGUUAUAACAAGUGUUAAAAGUUUAAGUCAAAGAUACCAGAGAUUCCAUUCCUUUCCUGUCUCUGGUUUUCCUUAUUGUCUUCUCUCAUACUGAAUUAAUUCAUUAUAUUCUGAUCCUUUAAUGCAGGGGUAGUCAACCUUGGCUCUUAGCUGGCUCAGGAAUUCUGGGAGUUGAAGUCCACGAGUCAUAAAAGAACCAAGGUUGACCACUCCUGCUUUAAUGGAAUGUUUUGUUUCAUUUGCUUUGUGCACUUUGCGGAUGCUAUUGCCCAAUUCCAAAUAUUACUUUGGAUUUUUUUUAUCAAUAACUUUUAGUUGCACUCUCUUUUUUAAACAUAUUAUUUCAAUAUAAAUCAGGAAAUGGACUAUCUAAAGUGACAGAAACUUACAUCUAAGAUUUUGUAGAGGCUAAAACUUUUCAAUUAUUUUGUUCAUGGAUAAUUGUUAUAGACUGUAUAUAAAUAAUAUUAAUUCACUUUACUCUCACUUCAAUGAUUAUAGGCAGAAAAGACCAUAUCCUAAUAACUAUGCAUUAUAAUCUUUCUGGCCUGAAAUUGAACUAAUAAAAUGCAGUGAUUCUAAACAUAUUGCAGUAAAAAAAAAAGAACACUCUGAUAUGCUGGUAUGAGGUUUAAAAUUUUCUUGUAUAAUUUCAUAAAGAUUUUAUAAAGCUAUAUCUUUUUUUUUUCAAAUGAUGGAUAGAAUGGCUCUAUUCUAUAAAGUAUUGUAAUAAAAUGGAUUAUAGAAAA